AUGGCAUUCGCGCAAGACUAUAAGACGGACUAUACGUCCUCCGAAGUCAUGGAGUCCCACGAGAAGGUCGCUUUCGACGAGCUGAUCCGCCCCUCCGACAGCUACACGGCCGAGGGCAAAUACUGGGCUGACCUGCCCCUCGGUCAGCGUAUCAAAUGGUGUCUGAGCCAGGAUGCGUCCGAAACCGGAAAGGAACUUGCCUGGUUGUGGGAUAUGUUUAAAGCCGACCCGCUGGCGCCCAUUGGCUACUACUUCAAGAACUUCGUUCUACCCGGCGCUGGUCUCUGUCUCGAAGGUUACGUGCUCUUCUCCGUCAGCAAUGUCGAAGCACUCGUCCAAGUUGUCUGGCCCCAAUGCUGGGACGCGGACUCCGGUACCCCUACAUGCAGUCAAAACUGGGUCGCCGCGGUCAGCUAUCUCGAGAUUGUUGGUAUCCUGCUCGGUCAGCUCCUCGUUGGUUACCUUGGUGACAUGAUUGGUCGUCGCUUUGGUCUCAUCCAGGAUGCCGUCAUCAUGUUCGUCGGUCUUCUCAUGCUUACUGCCGCCUGGGGCGUCACCUUGAAUGGCUGGGUGAUUUGCUACGCCAUAUCUCUCCUUUUCUACAGCAUCGGCGUUGGUGGUGAGUACCCGAUGACCGCCACCAUUGGUAUGGAGAAGGGUUACUCCACCGGCAGGGUCACCACCAACGAAGACCGUCUGCACCGUGGUCGCUCUGUGGUCGGCGCGUUCCUGAUGCAGGGCUGGGGCCAGUUCUUCAAUCAGGUUAUACUCAUUAUCUUUUUCUUGAUAUUUCACCACGGCGACAGCAAUCCCCCGAUCUCCAAGGUCACUGCACAAUGGACCUACCGUGUGUCCUUCGGCAUCCCGGCCGUUCUCACUCUCUGGCUAGUGUAUUACCGUGCCUACCAUAUGAAGGCUGCGAGUAAGCAGCUAAACGCCCAGAAGAAGAAGGCCUCUGUGACUGGCUAUGACUGGGAGUCGUUCCGUCUCACCUUCAAACACUUCGGCCCUCGCGUGAUUGCCACUGCGGGUGGCUGGUUCGCCAACGAUGUCUUCUUCUACGGAAACAAAAUCUUCUCGAGCAACUUUAUUAGCGUCAUCAACCCGAAAGCAUCGGACACAGUGAUGCUCACUUGGCUCUGGAACCUGGUUAACAUUGGAGUUGAACUUGCUGGUUACUACUGCGCCAUGUGGUUGGUUGAUAGCAAGCUCUACGGCCGCAAGUGGAUGCAGAUCAUUGGUUUCCUGCUAUGCUUUAUCCUCUUUGUUAUUCCUGCAUUCAUGUUCGAAUUUUUCCAGGAACCUGCCAACAUCGCUGGCUUCCAGGCCAUGUAUUUCCUGAGCUCAUUCUUCAACCAGUUCGGUCCCAACUGUAUCACCUUCCUGGUGGCGGCCGAAGUCUUCCCAACCCCGAUCCGUGGUACCGCCCAUGGUAUCUCGGCCGCCGCAGGAAAGCUGGGUGCUCUGGUUAUUGCCAUUAUCGGCAACUAUGUCUCAAGCUACACGACGCAGUUCCGCAUUGUGCCGUGGUUCGGUCUGGCUGGUGCUUUGCUGACGCUGCUGUUCCUUCCCGACACAACCGGACUAGAUCUCCGUGAGCAGGAGCGCCGUUGGCAGUACAUCCGUGAGGGCCGUGAGCAUGAGUAUCAUGGUGCCGCUGUUAACAGCCGCCACUUGUCGUGGUGGGAACGCAUGACCGGAAAGGGCAAGCACUACAACCCGGAGCUAGAUUACCAGAUGAAGGUCAAGGAAUUCCGUGCUGAGUGGGAGACGGCUAUGGCCAGCCGCAUCGAUGAGAAGGAGGCCAUGUUUGACUUGGAUGAGGUCGAUGAGUCCAUCACGCAUGGUGCCGUCCAUGAAUACUUCACGCGAACCAGCCCAGAGCUCCGCGGCAAGGAUGCCAACGGCAGCCAGGAGACCGCAGUUCUGCCACCUGCUGCUACCGAGCAGCAGAUCCUUGGCCACAAGUAA